CGCAGACGUCCACAGCUGCCUAUAUAUGACCCUGCAGCACAGAGAUGCCAGAACUUUCAGUUGGAAACUUUCAGCUUUCCAGAGACACUGAGAACUAGAACUAGCUUGAAAUUGCCCGCCAAGUGCUUCUUACACAUAAGACGACUGAUAGACUGAACUACUGCUUCAAUGUUGACGAUGGAAGAUCCGGUGAAUGGGACCAUGACAAGCCAAGACAUUGGUUCCUAUCAAGGAACACCAAGCCAAGUAACAAAUGGGAAGGAUAACAAUGAGUAUCUUUACAUUCUGACUGUCAUGGCCUUCUAUGGAAUAUUUCUGAUGGGCAUCAUGCUAGUCUACAUGCGAUCAAAAAAGAGGGAGAAAGAAUCCAAACUUCUUCUACUCUACCAGGACGAGGAGAAGUUGUGGACAGAGAUCAGAAAAAGCACAUCUUCUCUUUCUGUAUCCAAGACUCCCCAGCAGAGCACUAUGUUCUCUAUCCUGCAGGAGAGUUUUGUACCAAGCCGUUUCUGCACUGACUACAAUAUAGUGGACAGUAGCCUGAGCUCUGAAUCUUCCUCCUCUGAGGUCCACUUCACCAUCCAAGAAGAAGCUACAGAGGGACCUGCUCAAGAAAAAGCAGUUGAAGAAAAAUCUGACGAUAAAACACAGAUUUCCUAGCAAUGAACUAAAGAGACAACAAAAGCUCAGGAAUCUAUAGGAUCUCUGCUUAUGGGAUCUUGAGUUUACGGUCCUGUUGCCUAACAAGCUCCUUUUAGAUAAAGGAAGUACAAAUGUUAUAGGUGGGACAGUAAAGAUGGACUGCCGUGUAUAGAGGGAUAGCAUUGUCCUCCUUUCAGAUGCAGUGAACUGAAAGGUAUCAUAGGCUUUAGCAUUGACACUGGCCUUAGAAGCAAAGAAGAAGCUGGUCCACACAGUCUAUAGCAUGGGUGAUACGAGCUGAGAAUGAUAAUGAAGCAAAGCUAGAGUUAUCAAGUCAAAGAUGGUUAGAAAUGUUACUACAUAGAAACUAGAGAUGGCGUGAGUCUCUACUGCGAAUACUCUAUACUCUGUUGGAAUAUGGCUAUAGGAAACCAGAAAUUGCUGUAGAUUAGGUCAUGGCAUGGUUUAUUGAAGAAACAGGGUUGUAUAUUUACCGGUGUUAUCUAAAUCAAUUUCACUUUCGUUGUUACAUAUAUCAUGUCACUAGAUGUAUCCUGUACUUGAACCAUGUAGAUUUUCAUUCAUAUUUUCUCUAGUGAUCUGUAGGACAUUAACCUGACCUAAAUCUCCAUAGUGAAACAUGUCAAGUAAAUAGAAAAAUCACCCAGGAAACAAGAAAAAUCACAAUUUUUGUUCUGUCACUGUGAUGGCCAAACUUGGUCCUCGCGAUCUAUCAUCCAUCCAUGCCUUGAGUUCUCUUCACAGAUUCAGUGCUGAGAUCAUUAGUGUUGAUCUGUGGGUUAUUAGACAACCUGCAGUGACGAUGCACCUCCUUAGAAGUGCAGAGAACAUGCAUUGGUAUGCAAUACUGAGGACCAAGUAUCAUUUGGCAACCUUAUCUUAGUGAUGGACUAUUAAGCUAUAGAAUAUAUGAAAUAGUGAUACAAUGUUUGCAAAAAUCACUAUUUUUACCUAUUCAAAUUAGAGUAGAUCAGUAUAAUUAUCAGUGAAUCGCUGUGUAUCUACAAUAUCCUUACUGAAGUACUGAUUACUGUUUUAUAUAAUAUUUUUAGUAGUUUGUCUGUUUUAGAAGACAAACCUUAGUAUUAUCAAAUUUACAAAGGUAAUUUUUUUGUAACAUGUGCACUAUACCAGGGGUCAGCAAUCUCCGGCACUCCAGCUGUUGUGAAACUACAACCCUCAGCAUGCUCCAUUCACAAAAGUUUUGAGAACAGCCAAGCAAGUAUGCAUGCUGGAAGUCUUAGUUACACCACACCUGGAGUGCCGAAGGUCGCUGAUGUCUGCACUAUACCAAUCUUUGGUACCUCAACCUGCUCAUUAAAGAGAGUGUACAACAUUUUUAAAAAUGUUCAGAUUUUUUUUCCAGCAUAAGCACCACUCCUCUCCAUGGUUUGAGUCUGGAAUUAUUACACUUCAUUCCCAUGCACUUGAAUGAGGCUGAGAUGCAGUACCAGUGAUAUCCCAUGGACAGGAGUGGCGCUGUUUCUGGACAAGAGCAGACCAUUUUUCUUAGCCCCUUUAAGAGCUGUAACACUAAUAAUCCUUUUGUAUAAAUCCCAUAACUAGUAAUAGAUGGGACAACAUAUAAAACAAAGACGGGACCUGGAAGAACCACCUCAUAUGACUACAUGCAGACAUUUUGCUGUGAAGUAUUUAACAUUUCUAUUUAUAGGAAAAUGUAGAUGGUAGAGAGCGGGCUCCUCUCCUCAUUACUCACUUUGUGUUAGGGCUGCAACAAGUACUCUUUUAAAUCGAGUAAUUCAACAAAAAACGAAACAAAAAUUUGCAUUGAGGAUUCGUUUGUCAUGUGACCACAGAGCGGGAGUGAAACACUUGCUAUUGCUCCCGCUUCGUGGUCUCCCGCUGGCCCGCAAUGCGCUCAGAAUACUCACCUUUCUGGCAGGGGGCCUCCAGACACUCCACAGCACGUGCAUGGUCCCUCGCUGCACUGACCUCCU